GCGGGGGGAGCCCCAGCGCGAGCGGCGCCAGCGCGAGGACCCGGCCCGGCUCCCUCAGGCCGUGCAGGAUGGGUGACGACCGGCCCUUCGUGUGCAGCGCCCCGGGCUGCGGACAGAGGUUCACCAACGAGGACCACCUGGCCGUGCACAAGCACAAGCACGAGCUGACGCUCAAGUUCGGCCCCGCUCGCACCGACUCCGUCAUCAUCGCAGAUCAGACCCCGACCCCGACGCGGUUCCUGAAGAACUGCGAGGAGGUGGGGCUGUUCAACGAGCUGGCCAGCUCCUUCGAGCACGAGUUCAAGAAAGCGGCCGAGGAUGACGAGAAAAAGGGCUCGGGCGCCCUGGACAUGUCGCUGCCCUCCACGCCGGACGUGCGGAUCAAGGAGGAGGAGCCGCUGGACGUGGACUCGUCCCCGCCCGAGAGCCCCGCGGCAGCGCGGCCCCGCGAGCCCCAGCGGGACCGGGACCGGGACCGGGACAGGGACCGGGACCGGGACAAGCAGGGCCCCCCCAAGGCCGCGCUCCUGUCCACCCCCACGCCCACCAUCGUGCGGCCGGGCUCGCUGCCGCUGCACCUGGGCUACGACGGCCUGCACGCCGCGGCCACGCUGCCGUCACCAACGUCGGUGAUCACGCAGGCACCGCCCGCCAGCCGGCACCUGGGCUCUCCCAGCUCCUCCCUCCCUCUCGUCGUGCAGCUCGCCAACGGCCAGACCGUGCCCGUGCUGCCCGGGCCCCCCGUGCAGAUGCCGUCUGUCAUCUCGCUGGCCCGGCCCGUGGCCAUGGUGCCCAACAUCCCUGGCAUCCCCGGGCCCCCCGGCAGCAGCAGCAGCAGCAGCACCGGGUCCCUGUCGCCCUCAGCACUCCCGGUGCACUCGGAAGCCAAACUGAGGCUGAAGGCCAGCCUGGCAGCCUCCUCCUCGCUGAACGGCAGCAGCCUGGCCGUGGGCUCGGCCAGCACCUUGGUGACCGCGCGGCCGGAGCAGAGCCAGGGGGGACAGCACCCCGACACGCCGUCCCCGGCCCAGCCACAGGUGUCCCCGGCCCAGCCCACGCCCAGCUCGGGCUCCGGGGGCCGGCGCCGGCGCGCGGCUGACGAGGACCCGGACGAGCGCCGGCAGCGCUUCCUGGAGCGGAACCGUGCGGCCGCCUCGCGCUGCCGGCAGAAACGCAAGCUCUGGGUGUCCUCGCUGGAGAAGAAAGCCGAGGAGCUCACCAGCCAGAACAUCCAGCUCAGCAACGAGGUGACGCUGCUCAGGAACGAGGUGGCGCAGCUGAAGCAGCUGCUGCUGGCCCACAAGGACUGUCCCGUCACGGCCCUGCAGAAGAAGAGCCAGGGCUACCUGGAGAGCCCCAAGGAGAGCUCGGAGCCCUCGGGCUCGCCCGCGCCCGUCAUCCAGCACAGCUCGGCCUCGGCCGCGCCCAACGGGCUCCGCUCGGCCGCCGAGGCCGUGGCCAGCUCGGUGCUGGCCCACAUGGCCGGGCAAAGGACAGAGCUGGCCGUGCCCGCGGCCUCGCCCGUCAUCAUGGCCCCACAGGGACACUCUGCGGGCAGAUGAUGGCCCCGGGCCGGGGGCCCUGCACGGACUGAGCACAGCCCGCCCGGCCGCGGGGCGCCGGGGUCCCUGUCCCUUCUGGAGCGUGUUCUGAGCACCGCCGGACCUUCCCUCCUGCCUGGGGU